AUGUAUAUCCUCCACAACAUCCUUUGGAUGUCUAACGCGCGGUCUCCGUUGUCGACGGAACCCCCGGCAUCGGAGCCGCGAGCGGAACACAGUAAAGACCGGCGCAGAGGCCGCAGUAAAGACGGACACGCGGAGCCGAAAGUGGACCGUCGAAGAGAGGCUACUAGAGAAAGGGAACCCAUUACGGCAAGAGAAAGAUCACAGAUACCGCCAAGUCGCGAUCGCGAACGUAGCUCAUACAGGGAGUUUAAUGGUGGUGGUCUUGGUGGAGGACUAGGGAGUGGAGCACCAGGUCCGAGAGGACGUUAUAAACCCCAAGAGGAAGAGUUCUUUGAUGCUAGAAGGGAAGAAAGAGAAAGGAUUGGACAAGUUGGAGUCUCUUCAGUUUGGGGAAAAUCACCAUUAAGACCAGAUUCCGAUGAAGAACCAUCACAACCAAACGAUAGUGAAAAAAGUAAGGAAAAGAAAAAAUCCAAAAAGUCUAAGGACAAGGAGGAGAGGACAAAACAAAAAUUGAAAAAGCUGAAAAAGAAGCUUAAAAAAGUGAAAAAAGCAAGAAAAAAAGCGAAGAAAAAGAAAUCAAAGGGUUCCAGCAGUGGGUCUAGUUCAAGCAGUGAGGAAGAAGUCUGGGUUGAGAAAGGAAGUGAGUGUACAUCAAUAGGGGCGGAGGCGGGAGCGGAGGCGGGGGCGGAGGCGGGGGCGGAGGCGGCGGGCGGGGCGGUGGGGCCGGAGCCGCGGGCGGGCGCGGCGCUGGGCCCGCGCGACUUCGGGCGCGCGCUGCUGCCGGGCGAGGGCGCCGCCAUGGCCGCCUUCGUGGCCGAGGGCAAGCGCAUCCCGCGCAGGGGCGAGAUCGGCCUCACCUCCGACGAGAUCGCCUCCUACGAGGCGGUCGGCUACGUCAUGAGCGGCAGCAGGCACCGGCGGAUGGAGGCGGUGCGCAUCCGCAAGGAGAACCAGAUCUACUCGGCGGACGAGAAGCGCGCGCUGGCCGCCUUCAGCAAGGAGGAGCGGGCGAAGCGCGAGAACGCCAUCCUGGCGCAGUUCCGCGGCGUGCUGCAGGCCAGGGCGCAGCGCAGGGACGACCAC